CGUCACCCUCUAUCAUCACUCACCACCAACAUGGCCGACGUCAGAGCAGAGAUCGAGGAGCGUUUCGCUCCAAAGCUGCUCUCGAAAGAUUCGCGCGCCUCCUACCAGUCCAAAUUCGCAUCGUCGCAGCCGUACAAGCAUGCAGUCGUCGACGCCCUGAUCUCUGACGAGCUUCUUCGCAAGGCCCGCGAGGAGAUUGUAGAGGAGCUGCGAUUCGCCGAAAAGGAGACUGAUAUCUACAAAGUCAACCAGACCGGAGACCUCGCCAACCUCGAUGGCCUGCCAGAGACGGAGGCAGAGAGACUGAAAUAUCUGCUCAAGGUCCGAGACGCCAUUUACUCGCCAGAGUUCAGACAGUGGCUCCAGGAUGUCACAGGCUGUGGCCCUCUGAGCGCCAAGAAGAAGGAUAUGAGCAUCAACGACUACCGACAGGGAUGUCACUUGCUCAAUCACGACGACGUCAUCGCAACCAGGAGGGUCUCAUACAUUCUUUAUCUUCCCGACCCAGCUCAGCCUUGGCAGCCCCAGUGGGGAGGAGCAUUGGAGCUGUACCCCGUCAAGCCGAGCGAAGGAGAAGGUCACGCUCGACAGCCCGAAAACAUCCCGAGCGUCGUGAUCCCGCCAAAAUGGAACCAGUACACGUUCUUCACCGUGCAGCCUGGCCACUCUUUCCACUCUGUGGAGGAGGUGGCUCACCCCACUGCUUCGCGCUUGUCAAUCUCUGGAUGGUUCCAUCGCCCGCAGCCUGACGAGGAAGGGUUCGAUCCAGCGGAUGAAGAACGAGAGGAGAAGGAGCGAAAGGACCAUGCUAGUGCUGAGGGCCUAUCGUCGAAGAAAUUCGCUGCUUCUUACACCUCCUACCCAGAGGAUGCUGAGCCGCCCCUUCCUGGCUCGCAAAUGACUCAAGCAGACGUCAAUUUCCUGCGACCCUUCCUCAACCCCGCAUAUUUGUCACCCAAGACGCAGGGCCAGCUGUUCGAGCAGUUCGGAGACGAAUCACACAUCCUCCUCUCCGAUGUCUUUAACAGCAAGGUCGCUGCUGCGCUCGAAAAGGGGCUGAAGAGCAUGGAUGACAAGGAUGGAUUCCGGUGGUGGAAGAAAGGAAAGGGCGAGGAGGGGAUCGUCAUUCCAGCUCAAGAGACGGGCGUAGACAGCGAUUGGUCCAUUGUCGGGCCACCACACCGUCAACGCUUCUUGUCGCUCCGAGCAUCAAAGCCAGCAGAUGCAGCUCUCGCUUCCAAUCCUAGCAUACCAGCCACUCUCCCUCUGGAUUCACCUGCUGAGCUGUUGGACAUCAUUCGCACUUCAGUGCUACCCUCUUCGGCUUUCCGACACUUCCUGGCCAACAUCACCCAGCUGGUACCCAUCUCUCACCGGCCUUUCGAGGCUAGGCGCUUCCGACCUGGACUGGAUUACAGUCUCGCCCGGGCGGACGAAGAGGCAGUCCUCGACGUCUGCUUUGGUCUGACUCCAGAUGUGGGCCGCAUCGCUCUCGAUGCCGCUGGCGGUACUGGCGGACCCAAAGGCCUGGCGGGUAAGGGUUCAAAAGCAAAGAAGUCCGCCAAAGCAGGUCCAUCGCAGCUGACAAAGAAGCAGGCAAAGGAGAUUGCAGGCAAAUGGGAGAGCGGUGAGAUCGGGGGCUGGUCGUGCUACAUGGCUCCCGACGAGGAGGACGUCGAUGCUACCGGGGAGGUGUACAGGCAGGCUGGCGGCAGCAAGUCGAAAGCUCAGGCUGAGACAGAAGCAGCCGCUGCCAUCAUCGCCGAGGACGAAGGCAAGGUCGUGACUACAAACGGCGAGGGAAGCAGCAAGCCGUCGCUACAAAGGAAGAACGUGAAGGAGUUCGAUCAACAAUACGUCGUUCUGGGUAUCUCGGCCCCUCAGUCCUCUUCGGCGCCAUCGGACAAGGAGCUACACGACGCCAUCUCCCAAGCCCUUCUGACACUCCACGGAAACGUUGGCGGCUCCUUCCACUUCGAUGUUCUGUCUAUCAAGCCAUCUACCUCUGACUCUACUAGCAGCGAGAAGCAGGAGUGGGAGGCUCUCCUGAGAGUCGCCUCUGAGCACUUGCAGGCCCUACUGUCGGCUCUAGCUGCGUCUCUCACCAUUUCUUCGACUGUUUCGUACCGAACUUCUGUCCUCCAGAGCGGACCCAGCUACUCGAUCAGCAACGGAGGCUCGAGUGGAUCAAAGUGGCUCAACGAGCUGAGCGAACCCAGCGGCAAAGGCAUGGACGAAGAUGAGGAAGAAGUCGUCAAUGGCGAUGUCGCUGAGGAGGCCGAUGGAGCUGCAGAGAAGGAUGAAGACGCCGAGGAAGACGAGGAGAUGGAAGACGAAGAUUUUGAGGACGAGGAGGACGAGGACUUUGAUGGUGUUCUGCUCAACCUCACGCCAUCUUUUAAUACGCUCUCAGUAGCGCUCAGGGACGAAGGCGUCCUGCACUUUGUCAAGUACCUCAGUGCUGCUGCUGGAGGCAGUCGAUGGGACAUCAUCGGCGAAUGGGCCGUGGGUGCGGUAGAGGCAGACGAGGACGACGCAGAAAUGGCUUCAUAGAAGUGCAGUCUAACAUCUGCUCGUGUAUUGGUUGCAAGAUAUAAAUACAAAACUUCGUCUGGCGAGGGCCACAACAUACUAGUACAUGAAGAAGCAGAGCGAUCAUGACGCUGGAAAAUUCUCAGGAUAAUGAGUGUUCAGAAUGAUGGGUCCCGUUCAAGAAGGAAAUUGUUGGGAGAGGUAUAGACUGAGGGGGCACCUCGCGAGAUCCGGCCAGCAGAUCAGCGAAAGAGCACUCUGAUGCGAUCCACUAGCUAUGCCGAGCCCGUCAGCAUCAUGUCCUCGUCAAUUUCCUCCGUCGGUGUCACCGUCCGCGGGACAGAGUCGGCCAAGGAAGGUGCUUCGGAGCCAUGACGGCUGAGCGUGCCUGGCCGACGAAGACCAUUCGCGGGGAAGGCGGAGUGAGUGGGACUCGGCAUGGGAGAGCCGCCGAUGACGAUUCGUGGGAUGCUGAGUGUGGAGCCGGCCGUGCUGUGGUUGUUG